CAGGCGCAUUUCCAUGGGCUCGGCUUGAAUCCCUACAAAUCCUCCUUCAUCUCCUUUCAACAACAUCCUGCUCUCAGUCAUGACUACAAAAGAAACAACAAUCAUGUUGGCCAGCCAUGAUGGCAGUUGCUAUUCUGCACCAGACCGAACCCAGCUCAUGCGCUGCUUGCGGCUUCUACAGAAAUGGCAGGAAUGGCAAUUACGAAGCGAUUGAGUGUCAAGCAAGCAGUAUGGCAGCUGGAGCUGGCGCACAUCCCCCUGAUUCCGGCGAGUCGGAACUGUACCUGCAGCUUGGGGCUUAACAAGCCAUGUUAAGCGGACUAAUUCUCAAGCUUGCAGACGAUCCCAUCCCGCCCCGACGGGACCUGAGUUUAUCCGAGGCGAGCCGUCCGCACAAGGCAAGGUCUCACUUGACCGGAGUUACUACAUACGUAUGGAAAGCAGAAGGUACGGUGACACCCGCGCCCGUCUUCGAUCGGUCGAUUGCAUCAUGAGGCAUGCCGUCGGGUCCAGGAUCGGCCAAACCCGGACAGGGAAUGAAAGGUUUAGGAACCGUUUCCGGUCGACAUGCCAGCCGUCGUAUCCUUAACCAAUUCAGUAGUGAAAGCCAAG